UGUUCUCUUGAGUUGUGUGUAAAUUACAAAAAAGCAAGACCCAAAUAUGUUUGUCAUACCCUGCCUGGUGCCCUAUAGUCUCUGAACCUCUUUUUUAUCCAGCAACUCUCAAUAAUCUUUUUAUUGUGUGUUCCACAUUUCCUCUGGUUUGGCUGUUCCUCAAUGUGCAGUAUUGAUGAAUAUUGUUAUUGCAAUUGUUACAAACACUGGUUACAAGCUACCAAACAGUCUGUCAGCCCAGUACCUACAGGCCAACGGAGUGAACUCGAUCACGACAUACAAGACCGUGGAAAACUCGUCUGUCUCCUCUCACGACCCGUCCAGUAAUAGACCCAUAAUUCCCCGCGCGAGACCAAGAUGGAAGAAAGCAGCGGUCGCAAGAGAACAAUGUUUUGGCAUUAAAACCUCCAAGGAGCGAACAGGGGAACACGAUAUAAACGUUUAACGCCAACCGCGGUCAUGUGCAUGAUAUUCCCUUACAGCCCUAUUUAGAUUAUCUGACAGCCCUUAAACAAACAUCAUCAUGAGUAUCAUCCAAGACAAACUAGGUAACGAGUUUAUGCGUAGUGGAGGCAUGGACCCCAACUUUUCCCCAGGCAUGCUCAUGUUUAGCCACCUGCCGCCAGUCACCAGCUUCACCCGCCUGGCUUCCCAAACAGUCAUGAGUGACCUACCCCAGGAGAUGAUCCUGAAGAAAGAACGUGACUCGCCUCCUGACCAUGGGGCAUCGGGGGGCUACCUCCACAGCAUGGGCAUAAAGCAGGAAAGGAUGAGCGAUUUGGACUACCGCCUGCCGCUUUACACUGGAGGAGGAGGAAGCACAGGGAAGGGCAGUGAUAUGCUGGAGAUGUCGUUUGGCAGCAGCCACCAGAACAUGCUUCACCAUGAUCUUAGUAUCAGUAAUGUGAGGACCAUGGGAGAGCCGAUGUCUGGGAGAGUAGAAAAGGAGCCAAAAGAGACCUCAGGAAGAAGGCGCAAGAGCAGUGACGGACAAGGAGGAAAAUCAAGAAGGAAACGUGGAGAUGCUGCCAAGGCCAUGCUGCUGGAUGCAGAUGGAUCCAGUCUGUCUCCCAACUCCAAACCACACAUAUGUGAGCACUGCAACGCUGCUUUCCGCAGCUCCUACCACCUGCGCCGACAUGUUCUCAUUCACACAGAUCGCACAGGUGAAAGGCCUUUCAGGUGCAGUCAGUGUAAUAUGAGCUUUAUUCAGAAGUAUCUCCUGCAGCGACACGAGAAGAUUCACAGUGGAGAGAAACCGUUCAGCUGUGACCAGUGCAACAUGUGCUUCAUUCAGAAGUACCACAUGGAGAGACACAAGAGGACCCACAGCGGGGAGAAGCCAUAUCGAUGUGACACUUGCCAACAGUUUUUUUCAAGGACAGACCGGUUACUGAAGCACAAGCGGACUUGUGAAGAAUCCAUAAAGAAAGGUUUGGGUCCAAUCAGGAUGGAGCUGGGCGAAGGGGAAUUGGGUCAGGGGAGCUACUCACUCACUCAGGGAAAUGUACCCACUACUUCAGGACGAAAGAGGAGCAAGUCCAAAAACACAGAAGGAGGAGGUGAACGCAAGAGGAAGAAGGCAGCUGCCUCGGCUGCUGCUGCUUCAGCUGCUGCUACCUCUUCCUCUGUAGAGAUGAACUGCAGCCUGGGGCUGUCGGACUAUGGCAUGGACCACCCCUCAGGUUCCGGCCCUGGGCCCAACAUGCAGGGUCGCAGCCCCAAAUUAGUCUUCAAGAAGGUGGGCCGCAAGGGCAUAGACAAGACUCUCUUGUCCAUGGAGGAUGAAGCAGGGCCCUCCGCCUCACAUCAUGGGCAGAAGCUGCUGUCUCAGAAAGCCGUCUCGAUUGACCAUGUUGGCAGCUCAGUCCUCCUAGAUGGCAUGGGGCUCCUCCAUGCCUCUGGCGGCGCCAAACAAGGCCCCGUUACCAGCAGCAACUACGAUGAUGCCAUGCAAUUUGUAAAGAAGCGUCGCUACCUCCAUGCAGUCAAUAAUGACUACGGGGCCAACUCUCUCCAUAUGCCUCCCAGCAGCAGUGUCAUCCAGGGUUCCCUUGAGCCUGAGCCUACUCUAACCAUGCUGGAUACUUCGCCUCUGGACAUAAAGCAUGACAAGUCAGGCAUCCCUGACGAGGUGCUCCAGAGCCUUCUGGACCACUACACCCACAAGUCUGAUGGGGCACAUCAUCACGACGUAACGUUUGACCUGUCUGAUCACCCGCACCAUGUGGACCUUCAGCCUGCUGCUCCUGUCACCCCUGAGCUGGAAGAUGACUCGCCCAACGAUGGUGACAAGGCAGUGGUGAUGAGUGAGUACUCCAAGUUCCUGCUUCAGGCCCUGGAGCGCACCAGUCACAGCGGACCCUUCCCCACCCUGGGCCCCAGUGGGCCCUUCCCCACCCUGCUUUCAAGCAGCUCCAGCCCUACGGGACCCUUGUUCUCAGAUAAGCAUGUCUACACUACGUCCCCGCUUGAGUGUGGCUACCCACCAACUGUCUCCUCCCCGCUGCCCACAUCCUCUUCAUCAUCCUCCUCCAAGUCACACUAUGGGAUGCUGGUAGGCUCUCCCUCCCAGCCAGGUUACCACCUCAGUAGCUUGGACCCCACCAGCCAUCAGCAGCUCACCCCAUCUCAGGAGCUGACAGAGCAGCUGGAGAAGCAGCCCUCCCCAGGGUACUCCCUCCCCAGCCAGGAGCUGACAGUUGCUAGAACCCACAAGGAGCAGCAGACCAAGGGCAGUGGAAGCAAUGGAGGCACUAACGGUUCCAGCUACCCGCCAGCUCCCUCAGAUCUGGACACGCCCAAGGAAACUGACCUGCGGGCAACCUACCAGAUUGAGAACUUUGCCCAGGCCUUUGGCUCCCAGUUCAAGUCGGGUCGCCAUACCCCUCUGAGUUAUAGUUCAGACUCUGGGGCGGAGGUUGAUCACCGAAUACGGACUCCCGUGUCAGAAUUCUCAGGGUUUACCAGUUUGUUAGCUGAUGUCAGUGAGCCAGUCAGUACAGGAUCAAAAACCCCAACAAGCCAAAGUUUCAGGUAAAAGUUUGACGAGGUGAACAUUUGGGGUGUCAUUUUGUUGUUUUACAUGUCCACAUAACUCACAUAACUUUUGUUAUUUUUGUCAAUUUGUUUUAAACACUGCUAUUACAUGAUGAUACGAAACUCUACCAGGUAAGGUCUUCAAGAUCUCAAAUGCAAUUUGUUUAAUAUUCUCUUUUUUAAUCUGUAUUUAGUCUCAUUUUAAGUGUAGUUGAGUAUGACCGUAAACGUAGAUUUAAAUGUAACUUAAAAUUAGGGAUAGUGUUAAACUUUCUAGAUUUUAGUUUAUUUCUGUGAACUUGUUUUACCAAUCAUCAAACUGUUGUAAAAUAAUGAAUGAUGUUGAUAAUUUCUGUAAUAAAGUUUGUGGCAGGGAAAUGCCCAGAAUUCAAAUGGCAAAAAGUAUAUAUUGUCUGUUACAAUAAUAAUUACUCAGGAAAUAGGCAAAAUUGUGUAAUAAGGGGACUUUGUACUAUGAGAUGUAAUUAGCACACUUUUUCGUGUACUUUGAGACUAGAAGCUUUGUUGUUGUUUUUAUUCCUCAAAGAACAAAGACGUGUUACAGAUAUUCCUGUUCGGUAAUGUUGGCAAUGCUUUUUCUCAACGUGUAGCUGUGUAGAGAUUACGGUACUCCUGUGUACAUUUUACAAUGUACACCCUUGUGAUAUUUGGGAAACUUGGAUAUUUAUACACAACUAAUGAUGCAUAUAGGUCAGGCUUGAACCAAAAGAAUGGGGAUAAACCUGAUUAUCAUUUGGUUUUUAUAUAAUGUCCCGAUAUGAACCCUCAGUAUGCCCACACCUGUGGCUUACAGAGGGUAUAUCUCAUCAUUGAUGCAGAUUAGCAAAUAAAAUGGACUUCCUCCUUGUAGGCUACUAGUUGUUGUCCCCCCACAUUCAAUAUUUACUCCACUCCUAGUUCUCUUUUUGUCAAUAGAAUAAAACAAGCACUUUUUCCACAAAUACAAGCAAAAAUUGUUAAAUUAUGAAUGCACCAACAGUGAUUUUUAUGAGGAGCAAACUGUGAACAAGGAUUUGAUAGGGUAAUAUUGGCCAAUACUGUAUCAGUUGUCUUAAACAUGGGAUCUAUAGAUAUGAUUCUGGACAUUUUGAAUUGUAUUAUUUUUAUUCAAAAUGUUUUUUUCU